AUGGAUUCGAAUACGAUUGGUUUAAAUCGAACUGAACAAGUCAUAUCUUCAUUAACUAGCUAUGAACGACAUGGAUAUCAACCAAGAACAUUACAACAAUAUAAUCAUGGACGAUAUGCUUAUUUACCUAUAUUUCCAACAAUCUAUGCUGGUUUAAAUGAAUAUUUACUUUUGGCUAAUGUACCAGUUAGUCAUCUUGCAUCACAUGCAAUUACUCGACGUCAAUAUGGAGCUUCUACUUCAGAUGCGUUAAUAAUUAUGAACAAGUACAAUUAUUCUAAUGAAUUUAGUUUAUCUGAACAAGAUGCUGAAGAAUUAGCUUCACGAUUACAAGUAGGCAAAUCUAUCAUUACGUUCAAUGCUGAUCGACUUCGUGGAAUUUGUCAUACUCUUCUUGCAUAUCAUGAAUUAUUUCGACGAACUAUUCUAUUUCAGAGUGAUGUUCCUUUAAAUGAACCAACACUCAAUUCGAAACAAAUGGCUUUAGCAUUAGAAUUCUAUUUACAAAUUGAUGUGGAUGUAUUCUAUAUGAAAACUUGUUCGUUUCGAGGAGCUCAACCUCAAUCUGACAUUAAAGGUCUAUUUUGUAGCGGAGAUGAACCUCGAGCAAGAUAUGGAUUGAUUCCAUGUAGCAAUAUUUUUUGUCAAUGUUGUCAUCCAAUUAAUACUUAUAAGAAAAGUCAACCACAAUCAAUUGUUCAUUUUUCUGCAAAUUCAAUGCAUCAAUUUGUCAAUGGUUAUACGACGUAUCUCAAUUGUCCAGCAACAUGUACUACAUCAAAUAUAAUCUAUGCUAUGACAUGUCCAUGUGGUCACUAUGAUUAUAUUGAUUCAACAGCAAAAACAUUAGCUGAUGCUAUGGCUUAUCAUCGAAAGCAUGGUAAUCGAAUUAUACAUGAAAUGUUAACGGGUAGUCCUCUAUUUCGAGGAUCACAAAUCGAUCGUAACGAAACCAAGACAGUCGUAACCAAUCAGAUGCGUCUCUAUCAACAUUCAGCUCGAUGUCCAAUAGCACUUCGCACAUUUCUAGAUUGCAAUCCGGCUUAUUGGUGUUUCAUUCCAUUACUUUGGGACGAAGCAUUAGCAGAAAAUGUUGCUUUUUUUCCAGGUGCUUCUACAACAGAUAGCAAUCUACAUGCCAUGAUGACAACUACAUCCGUAGACAAUCGUCGAGUAGCUGAUUAUCUAGAUCAUGUACCAUUACCACCAGCUGCCUAUGCCUUCUCAUAUCCUCAACUACAAAAACAACGUCUAUUUUUCGAACAAUUUGUUGCUUCUUCUAUUCAUCAACGACCCUAUAUCAUUUUGGACUUGUAUAAUAUGGCCAUCAUUGCUGUUUUACCAGAUGAUUGUUCAAUUAUAUUACGAUAUAUCAUUGAAACAUUAUUCAUUAUUCAUGCUGAAACAAAAUUGAAUAUGAUUUGUCCAAUUGGUGGUGAUGCUAAAAAACAAUAUGGUCAUCCGUAUGAUCUUAUCUGGUGUGUUAAUUUGAAUCAUUCAUCAAUUGCAACUACAACAUGA